CUCUUUCCCUUCAACCCAUUCCAUCUUCUCUCUAACUCUCUCUCUCUCUCAAAAAUCUCUCUCAAAUCAGAAAAAUCUCUCUCUCUCUCUAAAAUUCGAAAUAACCUAAAACAAAUAGAAAUGGAAAGCAAUACACCAGUAAUAGCAAAGAAAGUGUUGAGCAUAAUACGUGUGGCCUUCUUCAUGCUGAGGAAAGGCAUAUCAAAGGGUAAGCUAAUGAUGCACCUCAACAACAUGAUGCUCAAACGCCCCGGCAAAGCCAUCGCCAACCUCAUGUUCCACCACCACCACAACCACGGUGUCUCCGGCAACAACCUCCAAUUCUCCACCGCCAGGGAGUACGAGUUCAGCUGCAGCAACACACCCAACAACUUCUUCGCGGCAGCCCUUGCCAGCAACAACAAACGGCACCGCCACAACCCCUUCUUCACGUGCGCUCACGCGCCGCCAACCCUUGACGACGACACGGUGACCGUUAAUGCCGUUAAGGGCGUGUUGGAGAUGCUGAACAAUGAGGCCUUCGAGGAGGCAUCGCCGGCUGUGGCCACCGCGCUUUCCGGGUUCGGACGUAGCCCUAUGGUGAGGAAGUUGAUCAGGGUGACGGACUCUCCGUUCCCACUUGGUGAGUCUGAGGAUGACAAGGACAACCAAGUGGACAAGGCUGCGGAAGAGUUCAUAAAGAGAUUCUACAAAGAGUUGAGGAAGCAGACUUGAGUUUCUUUCUUCAUAACGUUAAUUAUGAUCAUUAUUAACGUAAUUAACCUAAUGAGCAGUUUUGGAUGUAUUUUUGUCUUUUGAUGAUAAUGCGUGUGGACUUAGGACAGGAUGCAUGUUAUUUAGUUGCAUUCAGGAAUUUUGUAAGUCUAGUAGUGGUUGUUUCUUAUAUAUGAACAAUAAAAAAAGAAUUCAACGAGCAAUUAAUUAA